CACGAGCUGGUGGUAGCGGCGGAGAGCGGCGGCGGGGAGGCAGUUCGGGCCAUCGUGCAGGUCCGAGUUCAAGACGUCAAUGACAACGCCCCGUACUUCCUGCACCCCGACCCGAUCUUCACGGUCAUCGAGGAGGACGACCGUGACCUGCCCACCACCAUCACUACGCUUAUUCUCAAAGCUACGACCUCCCUGAGGUCGGUCUUAAGAGGAGCAGAGGACGAAGGUCCCUCGGUGACAGAGUUCAACAGAGUUGUUGACGUGUUCGGUGCAUUGCAAUAUUAUCUUAGUGUCAUUAAGAACAUGUGCUCGGUGAGGGCGCGGGACAAGGACGCCCAGGACAAGAGGGGACUCCUCUACACCCUGAGGGGAGACGGGGUUGACGGCUACACCCCCGCCGACGCCUUCUUCGCCAUCAAUCCCCGCACCGGAGAGCUCAUCCAACUGAGGGCCUUGGACCGAGACCCACCGCGAGGCCGGCAGGUAUGGAAGGUACGGGUGCAGGUCCGGGACGCCCAGGUCCACUGGGUGCCUGAGAGAGACGAUCUCUUCCUUCAAGUUCUUCAAGGAGCCCAGGAUCAUCACCUUCCCCAAGCUCGAGUCCAGAGGGAUAUCGGAGGCCCCAGCGAGGGAGAACUGAGUGGGAUUAUAUCGGAGAGGAGAGGUAUGGAGGGGGAUUUUGAUGGUCUGGUAGCCGUCAAGGUUUCCAGUGGAGGAAAAGAAAUGGAAGAUGGAAAAACGUCGAUUGAAAAGAUAACGGCGGUGGAGCAUCCAGCGGGGCAGAGUGCACCUCAAGAUAGUUUGGGGGUAAUGUAUUCCUGGGACUCGAGGAGUGACAGGUGGGGACUUUUGACUGCGGGAGAAAAGCACAGAAAUGGAAAUUGGGAAAAAAUCGGGCAGUACAUCGGCAGCAAAAAUACUGUGCCCAACAUACCUCUACACAUUCGGAAGCAAAACCAUGAAAUUUUCAGAAAUUUCCCCGUGUCCCCUGAGGAGGGGAGAGGGCUGGGGCUCAUACUACACAGAGUAAGCAGCUCGCAAAAAAAGCAAGGACGUUACAAAAACCUUCCACCUGGACCCACAGACAGCGUAGGUGAGAGAAAUGUUCAGUACUAUCACGAGAACACUGAAACAAAGUCGAGCGCUGAGAGUUUAACGAGAGUUGCAAAGCCCAGUAAACGCCUGUUAAGCGGAUAUAACGCUAAAGACAAUCCCCAUAAUUUAGGGCAAUUGGCCAAUCACGAGAACCACCCAAUCGAUGUGCGCACGACUGAACCAGCAACUUCAAUAGCGAGCACAGAUCAUAUUUUUAAUCAACAAAAUCUUCUAAUUAUUACAAAUGAUAACAGAGUUUCGUUAAAUAAGAUUCCAAACAUCAAUAAUGGGUGGAAAGGACGGACCCUAUCUUCCUGGAGAACUACCACCGCGAAGAGAAGUUUGAGGCAAGGUCAAAGGUCAACUCCAAGCUUCACUUCUGGUUCGACUAUCUCGCUAAACACCACCUCCACAACCAAGACGAGUGUGUCCUCAGAAUCGAACGCCAAAGAAAUAGAAGAGAGAAAUGUAGUUAGGAAACUUAACAGAAUAGUUACGAAAUCCCCAAACACACAAUCAACACCGGUGGAAGAUGCAUCUGAUAAUAUUAGAAUUAUGGAUUCAUUUCCAACUUCAGCCAUGAAUAACCUCACACUCGGAAUAAAAACCGAGCCAGAAUAUUCCGAAUAUUCUUGGCUUUCACAUCCCGAGCAAAAAUUCUCUACUUCAUCGUGGAGUUCGGAGCCUGCAUCAGGUUUGAAGACGCCGCUAUCCUCAUUUGCAUUACAAAAGUUUGCGCACAGGACUGAAAUGAAUAUAUACCAUGAAGAGACCUACCGUAAAACACUUGCGCCGAGAUAUCGCAAAGUUAAUGGUACUUUCUCACCAGUAAGUAACCAGCCCGAGUCAGCCCUCAGCAGGCAAGGAAACCCACGAGAACUACACCCAACCUUACUUACGAAAGAGAAGUCCAUCAUAGUCAACGACAAAUCAAAGAGAAACUCUGAGUCUAUUGCAAGAUUAUCUCGUGAUGCUUUGGUCGGUGACGAUUCGAGGAGAAGGUUUGUUGCUGAUUCGCGCUCCGCUAUUGCUCAAGAAUUCCACUCCGAUAGUUACCAUCAUGGUAAAUCCUCCAGGGGACCCAGAGGCGUCUUCAUUACUCCUAACGACCACUACGGAAUGGACGACUCUGGCGAAGGCGACGGUGGCGGGGGAGGAGGAGGCUGUGAGGACGUGACUGUCUUUGGCGGGGAGUUACAGAACAGGAACAUGACCGGAGGUGGACGACUGGGCGGUGACGACGGGCCUGGCGGGCGCCGGCGUGGUGGACGGGUAGGGCGUGUGCACGUGGUGGAGACAGUGGUGACCCUGUUGGUGAAGGACAUCAACGACAAUCCGCCCGUCUUCCCCAACACGACCAUGUUCGGCGAGGUGCAGGAGAACGGCCCUAUUG